AGGCCUGCCACCCUCCGGCAGGUAUAAGAGCCAGGCAGGAGCGCCUGGAGCAGGCUGAGGCAGUGGUGCCGGACCUCCACGGGGAGAUAAGAGUUCAGAGCCAAAGCUGCUGUGUACAGACCGCCAGGGCCAAACACUGGUCACAGCUCGGCUGGCUGCAGCGAAGGAUGCGGGGGCUCCGCUGGCGGUACUCUCGGCUGCCCAGCCAGAUGGAGGAUGCCCUGUGUGGGGAGGACAGUGACGAGGAGGAAGAGGAUGAAAAGAAUGAGGCAGCCGCAGCCCCCGUCCCCAAUCCUGAAAACCCCGUGGAGCCCCAGCUGACUGAAGCCAGCCAGGUUCUGGGUGCCUCGGAGAUUAGGCAGCUCAGCCUCCACCUGCCCCCAAGGGUUACCAGCCACCCCUGGAGUCUGGCCUUCGGCACAUCGAGGGACGGUUUCAGUCUGCGGAGAUUGUACCGGCAGAUGGAAGGUUGCAGCGGGCCGGUGCUGCUGGUCCUCAGGGACCAGGAGGGGCAGAUGUUUGGUGCCUUUUGUUCCUCAUCUCUCCGACUCAGCAAAGGUUUUUAUGGUACUGGCGAGACAUUCCUCUUCUCCUUCUCCCCACAGCUGAAGGUGAUGCUCACACUUUCUACAGGUCUUCAAGUGGACCGGAAGCAACUCCUUCUUUGUGAAAGGGGACUGGGAUUCACUUAUGAUGGGCAGUGGCAGUGGCCAUUUUGGGCUGUGGCUGGAUGGAGAUUUGUAUCACGGGACAAGCAAACCCUGUGCGACCUUCAACAAUGAGGUACUGGCCCGGCAGGAGCAGUUCUACAUCAGGGAACUGGAGGCCUGGGUUCUGAGCUGAGGCCCCACGUGGCAGCACCCCGGGCGGCAGGAACGCGGACCUGCUUGUGGGUGAUAGCCCUUCCUACUUGGAGCCGACGGUGACUGCAGCUGACUGCAAGCUCCUCACCGCCUGGGGACGGACGUGAUGGGGCAGGGUCCUGCAGAAGGGACUCUGGAGGUGUCGAAGACACUUACACCUUCCCCAAGACACAGAGUCCCUCCUGAAAAUGAUCUUAGAGGAAUUCUACAAAUACUGCAACAUGUUUAUUUGCAGAAAAUCAGAGGACAUUAAAACUUAAAAUUGUCUAAAAUUCAACUCCUCUCAAACAGUAACAUUUUCGUGUACAGUCUUCCAAACCAUUUUCUGUAGGUAGAGAUGCUGCUUUGUAUGUUUUAGAAAUCACUUUAAAGAAUACCAUCAAACCUCAGGAACCUGUGCUCAGCCAGUGAAACUAAUAAAGACUCUAGUAACACCCUUCUUUCUCCUGCCUAUUGCCUGUUUUAAUAG